AGUCCAUUCUGCGUUAGGAAGGCUAAUGAAGACGUGAAGUAGAAGCUGUAGCAGACACCCUCUAUCAAUAUGGCGUACGCUCAAGAAAUUCAGCUCCAAAUCAGAGGUGCCUCCACUGCUCCUCACCAUCUUUAGUCUCCUCUCGUGUAACCCUUCCUUUCUGGUGCUUAAUCUCGUGACAAUGGUUUAAAACUUUUAAACGGCUCUCGGUUUUGCAAAUUGCCCUCGUUUUCUCGAUGUUUAGUUGGUGUGGUUUUCUGCUUCCGCUCUAAUGAAGUUUGGAGUUUUGCGAGUGAAAUGGACGAGAAAGACGGUAUGUGCGUCUGAAAUGUCCAGCUUAGGAGCUGUUUCCAAGGAUCGAGUUCUGGCGCAUGGUAACCUAGAUGGUAUGUGCGUCUGAAAUGUCCAGCCUAGUUUGUUCUUGCUCUGGCUCGCUGGCAGCCGUCCUGAGCCAGCAAGACAGAGCUGUUGGGAUCAUCGCUCUUGUUCUUCUUCUUGUUGGGAUUUAUUUUAGGAGUUUCUUCAAACUUGGGCGAGGUAACCGCGUACAAGGAGUGCUCAAUAGAAAUAGAAAAUAGUUUUUCAGUUUCCAAAUAGAGAAAUACUAGUAGCAACCAUUAGAGGAAUAACAGGGGCGGAGCUACAGUGAUGCCUAUGUAUUCCCAGGAAUACCCAACUUUUUUUAUCAAAAAACAACUAUACUUCAGUAUAUACACAUAACACAUAUACACAUAUUAGUUGUCCCCACUCCUCCAGAGUCCCUCGCUCGGCUCACGCCUCACCCUCACGCGCAAAUGCGCUGCUCGCCCGCUCCCCAAUUCCCCAUUUGAUUCCAAACCCUAGGUGGCGGCGUUCGGCGGCGGCGCGGCGGCGCGGCGACCGGCGGAAGCGGCAAGGCGUCCGGCGACCGGCGACGGGAGCAGGGAGCUAGACCAGCGGUGGCGCGGCGAGGCAUUCGGCAGCGGCGCGACGCCGUGGCGAGGCAUUCGGCGGCGGCGCGGCGAAGCCGCGAGACGGCAACCGACGGGCGACCGGUGACGGCGGGAGCGAGGCCACGAGGCCGAGGGGCAGGGGCGCGGCGGCGGCCGGCCAACAGCUGCAGCUCAGCGGGACAGCGCCCAGCGGCACUGCGGCAGGCGCAAUUUCAGUUCUGUAGAUUGAAGAACUCUCAAAAUGAAGAAGAAAUCGAUUGAUUUGAAGACUUUGUGGGAUAGACAUUCAAAGUCUAGGAAGGUAGGGUUAGGUUCUGGUUCUGGAUCAACAACACAACCAGUUAGAAUUGACAGUGAAGUUGCUGUUCCUUCUGUUCAGCCGAUUACAGAUGCAAAUGAGAGUCCAGUUCAGAUUCAGAUUACUGCAGUUGAGGUUGUGCCUGAGGUAGCAGCCAGUGAUGCAGCAAGAGAUGUGACAGAACCUGAAACAGAGGUAGCUAGCAAUGAUCCAGACAUAGCAACAGCAGUGACACAGCAGGAGCAACCUUCCACUUGGUCUCCUAUCAGAGAUUGGUCUCCCAUCAGAGAUGGUGAUGAUGAAGAGACAGAGUAUGACUCAAGUGAUGAAGCUAUUUAUGACAUUGAUUUACUUUGUCAUGAUCCUGGAAGGCGAAUUGCAAUCAAAAAUUAUGAUGUCAAUGAACGGAAUUCUGUGAUAAGGGGAUAUAUUGCAUUAGGGCCAUGCCAACCACGCAGCCACAAUUUUCCUAUAAGGAAAAUUGGAGGUAAGCCUCGGCGCUUCCUUCCUAGUUGGUAUGACGAAUUUAAAUGGCUUGAAUAUAGUGUGGAACAAGAUGCUGCAUUCUGUUUUAUUUGUUACUUAUUCAAGCAUAAAAUUAAUAAUUCUGGUGGAGAUGCAUUUGUAAAUAGGGGAUUUAGGAAUUGGCACAUGAGAAAAAGGAUUGCAAAACAUGUUGGUGGUAUGACUAGCUUUCACAAUGUGGCACAAGAUAAAUACAAUCACUUCCUUGCACCUAAAACAAAUAUUGUUGAGAGCUUUGCUGCCACCAAUGAACAAGACAAGGCUAGAUAUAUGGCUCGUUUAACCUAUUCAAUGAAGUGCUUGAAGUUUCUUUUAAGGCAAGGUUUGGCUGCCCGUGGACAUUAUGAAAGUGAAAAGUCACUUAAUAAAGGAAAUUUCCUUGAGAUGUUGAGUAUGCUAGCAGAAAACUUUGAAGAAGUUGGUAAGGUGGUUUUGAAUAAUGCUCCAAAGAAUUGUAAGUUGACUGCUCCCGAAAUACAAAAACAGAUAGCUAAUUGUUGUGCCAAAGAAACUACUAAGCUUAUCAUGGAAGACCUUGGUGAUGAAUAUUUUGCAAUACUUGCCGAUGAAUCUAGUGAUGUGUACCAAAAAGAACAGUUGGCUCUUUGUUUGAGAUAUGUUGAUAAAAAAGGAAGGGUAGUUGAGAGGUUCCUUGGUGUUGUUCAUGUUGAAAAUACUACUUCCUUGACACUUAAAGCUGCAAUUGAAUCAUUGCUUAUGGAGCAUUCCUUGAGCUUGUCUAAGGUCCGUGGGCAAGGCUAUGACGGUGCUAGUAACAUGAAGGGUCAUGCUAAUGGACUAAAGAAAUUGAUUAUGGAUGAGUGCCCUUCUGCCUAUUAUGUCCAUUGCUUUGCACAUCAACUCCAAUUAACACUUGUGGCUGUUGCUAAGGAAAACCCAGAUUGUGUGUGGUUCUUUGAGCAACUUAGAUUUUUGUUAAAUCUUCUUGGGAAUUCUUGUAAGAAGACAGAAAUGCUUAGAGUUGCACAAGCUCAAAGAAUUGUAGAAGAACUAGAUUUGGGUGACAUUGAAACUGGAAAGGGUUUGAAUCAAGAAAUGGGUUUGGGCAGGCCAGCAGAUACUCGUUGGGGAUCUCACUAUAAAACUGUUAUGCAUGUCCUAUCUUUGUAUCCUUCAAUUCAAAAAGUUCUUAUAAUGGUUGGCAAGGAUCGCUCUUUUGGUGCAGAAUGUGCAAAUGCACAAACAGUGUUGACAAUAUUCCAAUCAUUUGAGUUUGUUUUUAUGGCACACUUGAUGCAAACAGUACUUGGGUUCACAUCUGACUUGAAUCAUGCUUUGCAGAAGAGGGAUCAAGACAUUGUUAAUGCAGUAGGACUGAUUUUAUUGACAAAGUUUCAAUUGCAGCAAUUACGCGAGGAUCCUGGAUGGGAUGAUUUUCUUCAAGAAGUGCAAUCUUUUUGUGUGAAGCAUAAGAUCAAGAUUCCUGAUAUGGACUCUUUCUAUCGGCCGGUUGGAAGAGAUAGGAGGUUCUUUAUUAAAAUCAAGAAUAUGCAUCGCUUCCAUGUUGACAUGUUUCUAAGUGUCAUUGAUAGACAACUACAAGAGCUUAAUGAACGGUUUGAUGAGGUAAACACAGAUUUGCUCCUUUGUAUGGCUGCAUUUAGUCCUAUAGAUAACUUUGCUAGUUGGGACAAAGAUAAGUUGAUUAAGCUUGCACGGUUUUAUCCUAAUGAUUUCUCAAGCACAGAGAUGAACCAUCUUCCAUCAGCAUUGAAACUCUUCCUCACUGAGAUGCGUAUAGAUGAAAGGUUUAGAAAAGUAAAAAAUCUUGCUAAUCUUUCCAUUAUGAUUGUUGAAACAAAAUUGCACAAUAGACAUGAGAUUGUUUACAAGCUUCUCAAAUUGGUUCUGGUACUUCCAGUAGCAACAGCUAGUGUUGAAAGAAUAUUUUCUGCCAUGAAUUAUGUGAAGAAUAAAUUGAGAAACAGGAUGGGGGAUCAAUACUUGAAUGAUUGCUUGGUCACAUUUAUUGAGCGUGAGAUGUUUUUGAAAGUCAAGGAGUGUGAUAUUAUAAACCGCUUUCAAGCCAUGAAGGAACGCAGAAUUAAAGCUACUCUUCCAAGCCACGAAGGAACCGAAAUAGAAAAUUAGAGAACAAGAGUCUGACCAUGGCGAGGACGGCUCUGCACCAAAAGCCGCCGCCGUGCGUGGUGGGUCACCGAGAGGCGGCGUCCGGUGGUGGCUGUCGGUGGCGGCGGACAUGUUCAUGGUGCUCUGCGGCCAGACCGUGGCCACCCUCCUCGGCCGCCUGUACUACAACUCCGGCGGCAACAGCAAGUGGAUGGCCACGCUCACGCAGUCCGCCGGCUCGCCGCUGCUCGCCAUCCUUCUCCUCUUCACGCCGGCGCCCGCCGCCGACGAGCCCAGGCCGGCGGCGGCAAAGAUGGCGCCCAUCUACGUCGGCCUCGGGAUCAUCAUCGGCUUCGACAACCUGAUGUACUCGUACGCGCUGCAGUACCUGCCGGUGUCCACCUUCUCGCUCGUGGCCGCGACGCAGCUCGGCUUCAACUCCGUCACCUCCAGGCUCAUCAACGCGCAGCGGUUCACGGUGCUGAUCGCCAACUCCGUCGUCGUGCUCACCUUCUCGGCGGCGCUGCUCGGCAUCGGGGCCUCCUCCGACGAGACCGCCAGCAGCGUGCCGAGGGGCAAGUACCCCGCCGGGUUCGCCCUGACGCUCGCCGCCUCCGCCGUGUUCGCGCUCAUCCUGUCGCUGUUCGAGGCCACCUUCGAGAAGGUGGUCCGGACGCGGACGCUCCGGUGGGUUCUGCGCGCGCAGCUGUGGACCAACGUGGUGGCGUCGACGGUGUCGGCGGUGGGGCUGCUCGCGUCGGGGGACUGGAGGACGAUACCGGCGGAGAUGGCGGCGUUCAAGGACGGGAGGGCGAGGUACGUGGCGACGCUGGUCGGGACGGCGGUGUCGUGGCAGGUGAUGGCGGUGGGCUCGCUGCGGCUGAUCGUGAGGGUGUCGUCGCUGUUCGCCAACGUGACGGGCACGCUGUCGCUGCCGCUGGUGCCGGUGUUCGCCGUCGCGCUGUUCGGGGACAGGAUGACCGGGAUCAAGGCCGUAUCCAUGCUCAUGGCCGUCUGGGGUUUCCUCUCGUACGCGUACCAGCAGUACAUCGACGGCCGGCGCGCGGCCGGCGCCGGGAAGGGGAGAGCGGCGGCGGAGUGCCGCGUUUGCGCCGCGCGCGCCGGCAGCGAUCCGGACUCGCCCGCGUGAGGGGCCCGCGUUUUCUCACGGCCCAACAAACCGAAAGUAGCUCACGUCUACUUUUCGCCUGAGGCCCAAUACACAGAGGACAUGUAGGCCCAUCGGCUUGUGUUUUGAGAUACUGUUUAGGUUUUAAACCGUGUAUCCAUCAUCUGUAGGGCCCCUUGGAAAGGAAUAAUUCACUCGAGGUUCUUUAAUUUGUCAACGAA